AGCAUACCUAGCCGAGGAGCAGAGGCCAACAAAAAACUUCGUUAAACCCCAGCAGAGCGAGGGCGCGCGGCGGCGGGGCGGCGGGCGUAGGCGGCGGGGCUCGGCGAGAAUGUUCGGUUGCGCCACUAGCGGCGAGAGUGCGGGGCGAUAGCCGACGGCUUGAGCGCGUGAUUGAAUUAGCGGUCAAGCGGGGGACGCGCCGGCUCGGGCUGCGGUAAUUCCCCAAUCGCCUCUUGCUUCGGCGCCCGAGAUUGAGAGCCCCCACGGGCCAGGCGCCGCAGGACCUCACCGGAGUGGUGGGCAUGCCGGCGGCGAUGAGAGGUUGCCGUGCCGGCGGCGAGCGGCGAUAGCAGGCUGUCUCCCUCACAUUCUCAGCCUACAAUGUUAAUCGAAGCUGCGCUAACUGGCUCGGGUUGAUUUUCCAAUAAAAGGAAUUUUUCAUGUAACUUGUCCUAUUAUUUCCUGGGUGGUCCUCACUGUUAACUUUUCAAGGAAGUUUGCUCCAUGAAGUACAAAAGUAGUGGACAUUCUUCCUUCUUCCGCUUAUGCUGUCAGUGUAAGGAGGGGAUUGGCGGCCCUCUUCUAUGCACCGAGCAGUGCUAAGUUUCAUGCGUCAAGCCCUUGUAAAAAGAAGCUGCCCUCCGGCGUUGCGACUUUACUCUGUGGCUUGUUGCUUGAAGAGCUUAGAUCAUCAAGAACCUGCUGGAAGCUUCUUUUUCAGCGAGUAUAAAAACCCGUGUCUUCCUCCCUUGAUCACACUAGCAGUUCGUACAUCAAACUGGAACAAGGCCAGGAAGAUUACCUUCAGGGAGUGUGUGAAGUUAUAUGGGCUAUCCCGGUCAGUUGGGCUGUUUGCAUUGCUUAUGCAACCCUUCUUGCCGCGAAGAAUCAGAGAGAUCCGGUGCUUCAUACGGAGCAUUGUUGAUUACUGUGGAAGUGCUGGCCCAGAGUUGUUUGAGUUGGCACCUAUGUUGGUCAGUAAUUUGGGUGGGUCAAUGACAUUACUACAAGUUCAUGCUACAGCCAUUCGGGUUUUUGUAGAGUUGUCAAUGUUUGAGGAUGCUCUUCUCACUUACAUUGAGGCCAAGAAGGUUGGAGUUGAACUGCAGUUGUGCAACUUCCUGCUGAAGUGUUUAGUGGAGAGGAAUCAAAUCAUGUCUGCGAGGAGUUUGUUUGAUGAUAUGAAUACUUCUGGUCCAUCACCAAAUGUGUACUCUUAUUCAGUUUUGAUGAGUGCUUAUACACAUGGAGAUAGGUUAUGCUUGGAGGAAGCUUUUGAGCUUCUGUGUGAAAUGGAAAUGAAAGGCGUGAAACCGAAUGCGGUAACCUAUGGCACUUACCUCUAUGGGCUUUGCCGUACCAGACAUGUGUCAUCUGCAUGGAAUUUUCUUCAAAUGCUUUGUCAGAGAGGCUACCCUCGCAACAGUUAUUGUUAUAAUGCUGUGAUUCAUGGUUUCUGUCAUGAGGAUCAGGUUCACAAAGCCAUGGAGGUGUUUGAUGGGAUGAAGAAGGGCGGGUUUAUCCCAGAUGCCCAUAGCUAUAGUAUAUUAGUUGAUGGGUUAUGUAAGCAAGGGGAUCUAUUGGCAGGCUAUGACGUGCUUGUCGAAAUGGGAUUGCUCCUACUCUGGUCAGUUAUACUUCACUUUUGCAUGGUCUUUGCAGAGCUGGAAAGGUUGAAUUGGCAUUUGACUUGUUUAGGAGGCUCAAAGAACAAGGUGUCAAGCAUGACCACAUAGUUUACAGCAUUUUUCUUGCUUGUUGUUGCCAACAUUUGGAUCUGGAGGUUGUCUAUGACCUUUGGAAUAACAUGGUUCAUCAUAAUUUUAUUCCAGAUGCUUACGACUAUACUAGUCUAAUAUAUGCAUUCUGUAGACAUAGUUACCUCAAAGAAGCAUUGGGAGUAUUCGAACUCAUGUUUGAGAAGGGAAUAAGCCCGAACAUUGUGACAUGCACCAUUCUAGUUGACAGUUUCAGCAAAGAAGGGAUGAUCAAUGAAGCCCUCCUAUUCCUGGAUAAAGUACGCCAUCUUGGAAUUGUUCCCAACCUUUGUAUGUACAGAGUUAUCAUAAAUGGUCUGUGCAAGGUCAACAAAUGCGAUGAUGUGUGGGCCUUUUUUGCAGACAUGAUAAAAAGAGGCUGUGUUCCUGAUACUUUCAUCUAUAGUAUUAUUAUUGAUGGCUGUGUGAAAGCACUGAAACUUCAGGAGGCUUUCAGAUUGUUUCAUAAAAUGUUGGAUGAGGGUACAAAACCUAAUAUAUUCACAUAUACUAGCCUAAUAAAUGGUCUUUGCCAUAAUGACAGACUUUCUGAAGCUGUGACAUUGUUUAAGCAUAUGAUUUGGGAAGGAUUGACACCAGACAGGAUUUUGUAUACAUCUCUUAUUGCAUGCUAUUGUAAGCGUUCAAACAUGAAGGCAGCUUUGGAAAUUUUUAGAGAGAUGGAGAAAGGGGGUUUGUCAGCAGAUGCUUUUGUUUAUACUUGUUUAAUUGGGGGCUUCAGUAAAGUGCUUGCGAUGGAUGGCGCACAAUGGUUGAUGGAAGAAAUGAUAAAUAAGGGGCUUACACCUACUGUAGUAACUUAUACAGAUAUCAUAGUUGGAUACUUCAAAACUGGAGAUGAGAAGAAAGCUCAUAUGAUGUAUAACAGUAUGCUCCAGGCAGGCAUUACACCAGAUGACAAGCUGAGUAGUAUGUUGGGAUUUGGCAAUGAUGGAGAUAGUUUUCAGGACUCCCUGGAAGAGAAGGAUAUAUCAUAAGUUUUCAAAUUGUGCUCUAUGGGUGAACGAUUACUUUCAACAAUUCACUGGUGGUGGAGAGGGAGAGCAGUUGAAAAACUUGGUAUACAGUGAGCAGCUCUCAGUGCUGUAGCGAGCUUGUACAAGCGAUACUAGAAUUGCGAGGGCCUUGUGUAUCAAAGUGGCCUGAAGACAUAAGCAUGUCUAUCCACGUAUUCCUUAAGUUUUCUUAUUUGAUAGUCAACUGAGAAGCAUUUUUAUUGAGAUGAAAGCAGAGAGCAGCCGUGAUUGAUGAGAUCUGGCAUACAGCAUGUCAUUACAGACCCAGGAUCAGAUCUAGACUGGUGUCUGUGUGUCAAGUGAACAGUGCUAGGCAGCAUCUAGGCAAUCUCAGAGAUGUAUAUGAUAACCUACAGUUCACCAGGGUUUCGUGUUACAUGGACUUCUGUGGAUGAACAUAUCAAAGACGAUCUUGAUCUUCAGAGUACUGCUCAAGAGGAAGAGGUGCAGGCUAUUAUACUUGUAGCAGAAAGCAUGGGAGAAGGCACUCGGCGUGCUUUGAAUAAAAUUGUGCAGUUGAGGCUGAGAAACUUGGUGAAGACUACAAGCUCUGGUGUAUGGAACUUAGUAGAGUUUUCUAAGUGAGUUAAAAUGGUAGGCCAUAAAUGGCUCUGUAAAACUAAACGUAAUUUUGAGGGAAUUUUUGAAAGGCUCAAACAAUGGCAUGUAGCCAAAAGGCUCAUAAUAAAGAGAGAAAAGAUUGAUCACAAUGGCAUCGUCCUGUCUUGACUGAGGAAUUGUCACAAUGCUUGUGUUAUCAUUCUGGCAUGCUUUUAUGCUGAUUGAAUUUUUAAAUAUCCUGCGAGGCUCAACAUGAAA